AUGUCGUUCCUCCACAACCUGUUUAGUUCGCCCGCUAAAGCCCCACCCACCAAGAAACGCGAUACACCAAACACGCCUACCGCGCGCUCGGGCGGGAAGAGGAAGAGAGACGCGUAUGAUCCAGAGGAAUACCAGAAUGCUGUUUAUGCUGGUGCGGGGACGGUGGCGGUGAGUGGAGAUGAUGGAUAUGAGAUGGAUAGGAAUGAUCUGGACGAGGUGGAAGCGGCAGCGUGCCAACUUCAAGACGAAGCUGAAUUUGAAGCUGGUGUUGAGAUUGGAGAGGAUGAUGAUGGAGAUGACGAUGCUCGGCCGUAUGCGACUCCCAAAUCCGUGCGCAAACUUUCGCGCGAUUUGUACAACGCGGUUGAAGCGCGUGGGACAGGUAGUAGGACUGGUAGGACAGAGCCACACGACAAAGCAGGGAAGACGCUGGCGAGUACAAGCACCAAAAUAACCAUGACGCCGUCGUCGUCGCCAUCAACAUGCACAGGCAGCGAGACCGAGAACGAAGAAGACGAAGCGAUCGAUGAAAUAGAUUGGUCCAGCAGCGACGACGACCUGCAACUAUCGUUUUCUCCCACCACUUCGUCGGCCGGACCUGUCAUUACUAGUAUGGGCGAGAUCGAAACACCCGCCGACAAAUGGUCCGAGCAACCCAACCUACGCGCCCGCGAACUCCACGCUUCACCCCGCCUCAUCCGCGCAGAACUAGCCUCGGAGCCAGACUACGCCUUCUGCGACGCGGAGAUAAGGGAUGGGCUGUGGGGGCUCAUGAGCGCUGUGGAGGAGUUUGCCGAGAGAUAUUUCGCUUCUGGCGCUGACCCCGCACACACGAUGACGGAUGAGAACGAGGAUAUCACAGUGAAGAAAGAGUGGUUCAAAACCCUAACACCAGAGACGGCGAAACUAAUCAACUGUGUGGCGAGUGGAGGGCCGAGUGGACUAUGGGGGUGGCACGAUCUUUUUGUCAACAAAGAGAAGAUGCAGGCGCUGGUUUGUGCGAUGAUUGGGAAUGUGUUGAGUGAGCAGGUGUUGCAGCAUGCGUUCUUUGGUGGGACGGAGGAGGGUGUUAGAGCUGUGAGCAAGGUGCAGAGGGAGAUGAAGGAUCAGGAUGGUUUCACCCGCAACGCCGCCUACGCAUCCACCAUCCUCGCCCACCUCCCCACACCCACAUCCCUCCCAGCAAACUUCAACGCGCACGUCAACACCAUCAUCGGAGCACUAUGGAUACACCUCUCGCCCCUCCUCUCGCUAGUCCACCCACCUACAUACCCCGCCUCCACCCCACUCCCGAUCCCCGCUCCUUCACUCAAAACCGUCUUCGCUGAUCUCCGACGCCUCACCGUUUCCGCAGGCAUCCUCUCCCUGCACAUGCACCUCGACCCACACACAGCAUACCACCACGUCCCGCUCUUCAAAGAAGAUAACUACGAUUCGUCGAUAAUGGAGUGUUGGAACGAUGAGCCCAUGCGACAACGAAAUAUGCGGAAUAAGUACGAAGACGUAGACGAGGACGAGCAGAAGCGGCGUGAUGCGUUGAGCGAGACUGAGAAGAAGCGUGCGAGGGGUGAUACGGCGUUGACGCAGAUCCUAUGUUUCAACGGGGUGACUGCGUAUCGGAAAGGUGGGUGGGAGGUUGGUUCGUCUACCGCUAACAAUCCCGUCUACGAGAAAGGAGAGUACAAGAAUAUGGGUGUGAGAGUGCGUGUACUCACACAAGGCUUGGUGUAUUGUCGUUGGGGACGGGCGCUCAGUUCGCAAAAGUCUGCUUCGAUGGAUAAUGAAACCGGGGAGAAGAUACAUGGGGAUGCGUGGAGAGAGGGUGGGUUCAUGCAGUUUACGAAUGUGGAGGGCGUGUUUGAUUGGCUGGGCAAGGAGAGGAAGGAGAAGGCGGAAGCUAGGAAGGCUGUUCUGGAGAGGAUGGCUGGGAGGGCGGACGCUGGUGCUGCUGGUGCUGCUGAGAAGACGGUGCUGCAGGCUGAAGGAGCCAAGAAGAAAGGGAAAGGGAGGAGGAAGCCGCGUACGGAGAUUGAGGGCUCCGAUCUGGAUCGUUGA